GCACAGAGCCAUGUGAGCGGAGCGCUGGAGGCUGCGGUCGGGGAGAUGUUUGCUGUGUCGCUCAAGUGCCGGCUCGGGGUGGUGAGACGGAGGAGCAAAGACGAUGGCCCUUACUCGAAGGGGAGCAAGGACUCUGGUGGGAUGGACGCAGCCCUGGUCUCCAGGAGGCAAAGCAUCCCAGAGGAGUUCAGAGGGGUCACCAUCGUGGAGCUGAUUAAGAAGGAAGGAAGCACCCUUGGGUUAACCAUUUCAGGUGGUACAGACAAAGAUGGAAAGCCAAGAGUCUCCAAUCUGAGGCCAGGAGGACUGGCUGCAAGAAGCGACCAGCUGAACGUCGGGGAUUACAUCAAGUCAGUGAAUGGCAUUAACCUGACCAAGCUGCGGCAUGAUGAGAUCAUAAGCCUGCUGAAAAACGUGGGCGAAAGGGUAGUGCUGGAAGUAGAGUAUGAGCUUCCGCCAGCCGUGCCAGAAAGCAGUGCUGGCAUUAUUCCCAAGACCAUAGAAGUUUCCCUCUACAAGGAAGGCAACAGCUUUGGCUUUGUUCUGAGAGGGGGAGCUCAUGAAGACUGGCACAAGUCCAGACCGCUGGUGCUCACCUACGUGAGGCCGGGUGGCCCAGCAGACAGGGAAGGGUCCCUGAAAAUUGGGGACAGGCUGCUGAGCGUUGAUGGGAUCCCUCUGCACAGCAUGACCCACGCUGACGCCCUCAACAUCCUGCGGCAGUGCAGCCAGGAGGCACUCUUCCAGAUCGAGUAUGAUGUGACCAUCAUGGAAGCUCCACAAGCAUGGACAUACCAGCUCUCCCCUGGGGGAGGUGGCUGCCAGGAGCUGGGCAGCCGUGUGCCACACAGACACCUUCUCCACGAGAGAGCUGGAAGCAAACGCUGA